AUGGCCUCCGUGAAGCGCAGAGAUUUGAUACUCGCCGCCGUCGCCAUAUUCAUCGCCUGGGGCUAUCUGACCCAUUGGCAGCCCAAGCUACUCUACCUGCCCUACGCCUUCAUCGUCGGAGUACUCGCAACCCUAGUCCUGCUAGCAUGGCUUACCUUCACAACUACCUGGAAAAAAAACUUGCGAAGCGGCGGGACUGUCAACUAUGGGCCGCGCCACGUUGCCUUUGUUGCACCGGAGAGGUGGAAGGCUGAGAGAGAGGCGUUGGACAUGAGGAACAUGUACAUGAUGGAGCCAAUAUACCCCGCCUCCUUCAUGAUAUCAGACAGCAUCGACGUACUGAUUGGUCUGAUACUGCGCGACUUUGUAAAGAGCUGGUACGGCAGCAUCAGCAAGAGUCCGACAUUCGUGAAUGAGGUGGACAAAGCGAUACGGAUGGCCAUGGGCGAGAUACGGGAGCGCAUAUUGGCUGUAGAUAUGGUCGAGACAGUCGUAUCGCGCAUGAUACCCCUUAUAACGGACCACCUGCGGGCGUCAUAUGAGGCAGAGCGUGUGGUGCGUGGGCGCAAGUUGUCACGCAAUAUUACCGACUCGGAAGAGCUUGACCUGGCGAUUGCAGCAAAGUACAAAGAGGGUCGCCUGCAUCCUGCGGCUUCAUUGGCAUAUUCGAAUACCAAACCUAUACAGCAGCAAUACCUACGGAGUAUCGUCACGAAAUUACUACCAAAGGUCAUGCCUGCUAACAUGUCAACAAGUCCUGCUGUCAACGUGCUCAUCAAAGAGAUUGUAGCCUGUGCAGUACUAUCGCCCGUGAUGCAGAUGCUUGCUGAUCCGGAUACUUGGAAUCAGCUUAUGGAGGGAUAUGGCCGAUCAUUGUUACAAGAAAGGAAGACGGUCCGCAAGCUUCGAGCCGCCCUCGACGAACACGCCCCAUCGUCUCCGAAGAACCCCAAGAAUGUCCAGUUCCCCAAGCUCGCGCCCGGCGACAACGAACGAAGAUUCGAGCGGUUCAUACGAGCAAUCAGGCAGACCAACACCCUCGCAGACGCUAGACGCUUCCGUAGCGAGGUCUCGAGCCAGCUACGGAAAGACGCUAUGAUGGAAGGGCAGGAUCCUGUUUAUCUCCGGCGUCUAGAGACGGCACGGCAGAUACUAGAUACAAAGGUUGCUAAUCUCAGCGCUGGCGGAUCGGUUCGCGCAAAGGUUGCGGCACAAGAGAUGCCAAAGCACAAGCGCACGUCGUCCAAAUUUGCAAAUGCGUCUUUGCGUGAAGUGCUGUAUGAUGCAUCUGGUCUGUCGUGCUUUAUGGAGUUCAUGGACCAGGCUGAUCUCAUGCGGCUGGUUCAGUUUUGGAUAGUUGUGGAUGGCUUUCGAAACCCACUGGAGGUCGAGACUGAAGAAGGCCCGGACUACAUUGGAGCUCUGCCCACCUGGACCGAGUCUGAUCGUGCAGAUCUAGCGCAGAUAAAUGAGGGAUAUCUGUCGAAGCCAGAGCUGAAGAUUCUUCCUGAGGCUCGACAAGCCGUCUCUGAAUUUCUCAAAGCCGGGCGAAAAGCGACAGCACAACAAUAUCACAAUGCACGACGGUCCCUUUUGCGAGCCCAGACGGCAGCAUACGAGCAACUUCAGGAGCCAUAUUUCCGCAGGUUCAAAAAGUCCAAUUUAUACUACAAGUGGCUAGCUAUGGAUGAGGCAGCGAACGCUGAGAACAGUUCAGUGAGGACCAAGACCGUGGCACAAACGCUUGACAAGCCAUCUAUGGCAGCCCCUGCCAUGCUCCGAACGCAGUCGAGGCAGAAAAGCGCACUACAAGUACCACACGGAGAUUUGCGCCGAGCUGUUGCCUCGUCUUCAGACUUGAAAAGCCAAGGGGCCGUCCAGAGCUUUGAGCCACCCGCGCGGCGGUCACUGGAUGUCAACGUGCCCGCAUCUGCUCGUGCACCUUUGUUUGACGAAGACUAUGACUCAGAUUCGCUUGCUCAGUCAACAGCAAGCCUCUUCUCUGAUCAUGGCCAUGAGCGUGCUAACGGCAACGAUACCCAUGUCGUGGAUGCAAUGCAAGCAGCCCUGACUGAUAUUAUGGAUGAACCCGAAGGUUCCAUCUUUUAUGAGUCAAGUCUGAAAUCACCUCUGGAUAACGACUCGAUGCGGGGCUCCGUGGAUCUAUCACGGGCAAUGUCUCCACAUCCUCAAACACAACCAGGCAAAGAUAAUCUUAAACCAAGCAUAGCGUCGCUGGGCCUCGUAGGAGAGCCCCGAACCCGUGGUGUAUUUGAUGAUGAUAUAUUUGGCGACGAGGAGAGGUUUCUGGAAGAUGAGAUUGAAGAUCCAGUGCCAAAGACCGAUCCAGAGGAUGAAGAGAUACACGAAGCGGCCCCUGGAGACUUGGGUCUUGCUGAGGCUAUCGAUGCGCUCACCGCGGACAUUGAACGUCUGGUCGCGCAAGAGUCUAUUGUAGAUUCACUUACUUCAAAAGCUGAGUUGACUAACAACGCUGCCGAACUCAGGAUUUUACGAAAAUCAAAAGCUAGUCUGCAGCGAGAGAUACAAAGGAAGGAGUUGCAACGUCAACAGUACAUCGUCCAGGAGAGCGACAACAGCCUUUAUGGACGUGCGACUGUAUUUAUCCAAUCAAUCAUGGUUGGUACAGAAGCAGAUGGCAAGGAAUAUGCCAUGUACGUUAUCGAGGUGCGACGACGCGCCGGCGACCAAAUGCCAGCCGCAACUUGGGUUGUCUCGAGAAGAUACAGCGAAUUUCACGAACUGAACAAAAGGCUUCGCGCAAAGUUUCCGCAGGUGCGAAACCUGGAGUUUCCACGCCGGCAGAUGAUGCUCAAGCUUCAAAAGGACUUCCUUCACAAGAGACGACUCGGUCUUGAAAAGUACCUCAGGGAACUGCUACUUAUUCCGGCGGUAUGUCGCAGCCGCGAGCUACGUGCCUUUCUUUCCCAGGCCGCAAUCAGUCCUGCCGACGCCAUGAGAAGUCAAGAUCCGAAUUCUAAUGAUUUUGUGACUCGUAUCUACAACUCCGUCGCCGAUGGUAUGGAAGAGUUUCUUGGCAACAUUCCCGUUUUGGACCAACUUUCCGUGGCUGGCCAGAAUCUCAUUUCCGCAGCUACCACGCAGCUCGCUAAUACGAACGGAGCAACUGCGCAGCCAGGAGAUCUGGCCUCGUCUGGCGUAUUGGUAGCUGGCGAAACCAACAACGACGCUGAAGCUGAAGCUGAGUUGCUCGCAUUCGAGAACAAAGAGAUGGAGCCAUUCGUCAAACCCAUUUGCGACCUUUUCCUUGAGACAUUUGAGCUAAACCGCGAAAAUAAUUGGCUCCGUGGACGCGCCGUCGUUGUAGUCCUCCAUCAACUUCUUGGUGGUACAAUCGAACGCAAAGUGCGGGAGUCGUUCGACAAUCUGCUAUCAGAAAACAAUCUUGUUAACUAUAUUGAUUCGUUGAAGGAUAGUAUGUGGCCCAACGGCAGAAUGAAAGCAGGCGUGGAACGCACAGGCCAAGACAAAGAGAGAAGUAGGAAGGCUGCAAGUGAGGUACUGGAGACCUUGGUACCAGAGCUUGCGAGCAGCGUGGUGGGGAGGCAGAAUGCGCAGUUGGCGGCGAAGAAGAUUGAAGGAACUGUUAACAAUACUCGGCUGAAUACCCAUCUUGCUUUUACGCUCUUAGACGAAAUGCUGCAGGUCCUGUUUUCCGAUGCUGGUCUGAGGUAG